AUGGCAUGCCCUAGAGUGGUUCUUCUGAUUCUGAUCAAGUUCUUCAUUUUACAAACUGCUUUAUCAAGUUCUUGGCGAACGUUGAGUGGGAAACCUCCGGCUGUGAUUGCUCGAGGCGGGUUCUCUGGUAUUUUUCCAGAUUCCAGUAUUCAAGCAUAUGAGUUGGUGAAUAUAACAACUUCACCAGACAUAACACUUUGGUGUGAACUUCAACUAACAAAGGAUGGUGUUGGAAUCUGCUUUCCCAAUCUGAAUCUUCAAAAUGGUUCUACUGUCAAGAAAUUUUACCCAAACUACAAAGAAACCUUUUCUGUUGAUUUUACAUGGAAGGAACUCUCCAGUGUGACAUUGAGCCAGGGUGUUUACUCAAGAACACCAAUAUUCGAUGAUAAUUGGCCGAUAACAAAAGUGGAAGAAACGGCAGCUUCAAGCCUCUGGUUGAACAUUCAGGACAGUGCUUUCUACGCGCAACACAAUUUGAAUGUGAGAAAGUUUGUUGUCUCUAUGUCAAGACGCGUGAGAUUCAACUUCAUAUCUUCUCCAGAGAUCAGUUUGUUGAAGAGCAUGAAGAAAAGUGUCAAGCGGACGACUGUGACAAAACUCAUGUUUAGGUUUCUGAACCAAGACCAAAUAGAACCCUUCACCAACCAAUCUUACGGCUCUCUUGCCAAGAAUCUAAGUUAUAUAAAAACGUUUUCUUCUGGAAUUCUUGUUCCAAAAUCUUACAUAUGGCCCGCAGAUUCAUAUCUUACCUACAACCCCACACGUCGCUGGUCACUGAUGCUCAUAAAGAAGGUUUAAAAGUUUUCGCCUCGGAGUUUGCCAAUGAUUAUGUAAUUGCUUAUAACUACAGCUAUGAUCCAACGGCUGAGUAUCUAUCUUUCAUUGACAACGGAAACUUCUCCGUUGAUGGUUUCCUAUCAGACUUUCCGGUAACUCCAUAUCGAGCCAUCAGUAAGUAAAACAGAACCCAAAUUUUAUCUCUCUUCCCAAUGCAUUGGAUUGUAUUGAUUGCAUAUAACUUUAGCUAUGAUUCUUGUUUUCUUUCCAAGAUUGCUUCUCUCAUUUGGACACCAAAAAAGCAAAGGAGUAAGCUAAGAUAACUAUUAUCUCGAAGAAUGGAGCGAGUGGAGAUUUCCCGGGCUGUACUGACUUGGCGUAUGAGAGAGCUGCAAACGACGGGGUUGACAUUCUUGAUUGCAAUGUCCAGAUGUCUAAAGACAAGAUCCCCUUUUGUCUGAGCUCCAUUGAUCUUAUGAACAGCACUAAUGUCAUCGAAACUAGCUUCAGAAAUCUGUCAUCAGUAGCUGCAGAGAUUCAACAGAACAAA